UAUAGAAGAUUGCAUAGCAUUUACAGUAAUAAAUGAUAGAUUCACGCAGUGUCAUCCAUUCCAUUCUAUCAAUUGCAUUUGAUUAGCAGUAUUAUGGGUAAAGAACGAUCAGCUGGUUUUUUGAUUUUUCGUCGUUCAAAUUCGCAAGUCGAGUAUUUGUUGUUGAAAGCAUCCGAAAUGGGUAUGCAUUGGGGACCACCAAAAGGACAUGUUGAGCCCGGUGAGGAUGACAUCACCACUGCUGCACGAGAAACACGAGAGGAGGCCGGUUACUCAAUAGAUGAUCUAUAUAUUCAUAAAGAGCCCUACAAAAUGCAUUACAAAGUUAGAGAAAAUGAUAAGACGGUCGUUUAUUUUCUCGCCGAACUCUUAGACGCAAAAAAGGAUCCACAACUGUCCCAUGAACAUACCGCAUUUCGUUGGGUGGCCAAAGAUGAUGCAAUACAAUUGACCAAUUUUGUACACUUUACCAAAAUGGUUAAUCAUUUCAACGAGAAAAUUGAUAAUUUAUAGCCAGAUUUUGUUUCCGAUAAACUUAUAAGGGUCAGAACCCUUUUUGACAAAAAAUCCGAUCAAUUUAUUCAAAAAAAUAUGUUUAAUAAAGUUUAUUGUUACAGAGAUCAAGUUAUUCUGAAUGCAUUUUACCAUUUGAUUGCAGUCUAUAUAGCCUAGUUUACAGUUUUUAAGAAGAAAAAAACAGAUUGUAAAAAUUGUUGGUUGUCACAGUUUUUGAAUUCUAUGAAAAAGUUUCAGUUGAUGCAACCAAUAAAAUAUUUUUGCAUGCAAAAAAUCGCGCAUGUCCGAUUUGAAAUUUUGUGCCGAUAAAACUAAUAUGAUAACACCAUAAUUUACGCCUACUUAAUUGAAACAAUCCAGUUUAUAUUCAAUCUUCAACCGAAAUAGAUGUUCAUUUCGUUUGAUGUUCGAUUUAAGUUUACAUUUUUGUUGCAUACAUUGUAAUUUGCAUUCAUUCUAGUUGUUUAAAUUGAAGUGAUUUGUCUCAUCCACAAAGAAUUUAUUGGUAGCGAAUUAAAAAGAAAAUGGAAAAUAAAUUCAGUGCGAUUCUUAUUUUUUUGGUAGGCUAUUCGAGUGCCGCCAGUGUACGCCUACUGAGCAAUUCAUUGACAACAGAUGAAUUCCAAAAUACUGUAACGACUUAUGGUUCCUUUGAAGACCGGGCUACCGAUACAACCACAAGCACUUCCACAACACCGGAGCCAGUGAUAAACAGACAUGAACGAACUCUGAUAUUGCUUAAACCAGACACUGUGCAGCGUAAAUUAGUUGGUAAAAUAAUUGAACGUUUUGAAAGCAAAGGCUUCAAUUUGGUCGGUAUGAAAUUGAUUUCGGCAACUGAAAAGAUGAUCGAGGAGCAUUAUAGCCAAUACAAAAGCGGUGCAAUCCAUGAUAAAUUGAUCAAAUACAUAACUUCGGGUCCCGUUAUUGCAAUGGUUUGGGAAGGUGCGAAUGCCGUUCAAAUAACCCGCAAGAUGAUAGGAUAUUUUCGGCCAGAAUUCGCAGAGCCAGGCACUAUUCGUGGGGAUUUUAGUUUGGAUACAACAUUCAAUAUUAUUCAUGGUUCAUGUUCGAUCGAGACAGCAAAUAAAGAGAUCAACAUUUGGUUUCAGGAGCAUGAGCUCAUUGACGACCACGACUAUUGACUGAAUAUCCAUAGAUUUGCUUCUGGAACAAAUUUUACUUAAUCAAUAGUUCGAUGUUAUUCAAUAUGACAUAUCCAAAUAUGCAAUGCAAAAAUUAAUUAUUUUUAUUUAUUUCUAGAUCGAGAUUGAGAGUAGAGUAUAAAUAGUGCUGAUGCAGAGUCAAAAUGAUUGGGAUAAAAUUAUCAGUUUUGAUUGAAAAAAUGCCUAGGGGAAUUUAACUCUUACGAGUUCAGCAUGUUUUUUGCCAGUUUGCUUGAUUCGCGGGAGUUCGACGCGUUCCUUGUACGUACUGACGCGCACGGUCACAAGUUUACACAAGUUUGUUUAUGGUUUUGCGCGUUUUUCAAGUUGUUAUUUGACAAUUAAAACGCGUUUCAAGAUAAAAAUCGGUUGUUUACGUGUAUAAAGAUUUUUCACAUCCUUUCCAAAAGUUCAAAGAUUUAUAUAAUUAUAAAAUGGACAAAGGAAAUAUUUUUAAAGAGCUGGAGAAAGUGUUGAAGAAAAAGUUAAUCCAGAUAUAAUAAAUGGAACGACUGAUGUGUGCGCGUCGUCCAGCUACAAGUUUGCACACGAACUCGCGCGCGUUCGCGCAUGUUGUUUUAAUACGGAACUUGUCAACUGAGUGGAAUCAUGCAAGUUCUCUGGUGAAUGUAACAAUUUCGUGCGCGUUUAUAUCAUUUUUUUACAAGUUUUCACGUAGUUAAAUCCCCCUAGAAAAAUGCAUGCAUCAAAAAUGACGCAAAACAUUGUUUUAUUUGGUGUGUGUGUGUGUUGCAUUGCUUCCAAGUGGAAAAAACAUUGCAAAAUUAUCACAAUCCUAUUCAUUGAUUGGCAGUUUGAGUUGCAAUAACUAGGAAAUACCAGAAAAUCGAACAAUUUUGAUUCGCUAUUCAAAAAAGGAAAGGAUUCUGUCUAUAAUCUGCCCUACAUGCUCUAGAAUUGCCUUAUGAAAAAUCAAUAAUUUCAUUUUUGUAUAAUGCCGCUGCAUUGACUCCUUGACACCAAGUUAUCAAAUUAAAACAACAACAAAAAUUUGUCGGGUGUACUUUUGUCCUUCAGAAAAACCCAGAAUCGUUUUAUAUUCAAAUUGAAAUACCGUAUAAGAUGUACAACGUACGUAUGAAUGUGUGAGCACAAUGGAGCUAAGCAGAUUAGAAUUAUUUUGAAUUAUAUCAAGUGGGAAUGAGAAAAAAUUGAGCCACAUUAAAAAGAUUUCAUCUGAAAUAAAUUUAUUCAUAAGAGAAUCGUUUAAAUUUCCAAAGCAAAAUCGAAAUUCUUACAACAGACUUGAAGCUACAUAAUCAAAAUGAAUCUCAAAAAUCGGCUGACUAUCUCGUGACGGUUGAAAUUUCCAUCACAUUUUGGACUAGUUUAUUUCGUUGAUUGGCCGAAGCGAUUGUGCCUACUUGUUGGUCCAAGUACUUCUUUUGGUAUUCCACAAUGAAUUUGUUGCAUUGCAUUAUGGUAGCGCCGUUGUAAAGAAUGCGAUAUUUUACAAUAUGCUCGCCGAGCUGCAGAGGAUAAAUCGAAAUUGUGGUUAAUUCGAAAAGUCAACUAUGAUGCCAUUCAUGGAUUCAUUUUUGAAAAGAAAAAUGUAGAAAAAAUGUCUUAGAAACGAAGGUGAUCACGAAAAAGGUACUUACAACUGAUGUCAAUGGUAAAAUGCUGGUUACGAAUCGAUGGAUGCGAUGUUUCACACGAACGAUUGCGAUCCUAGUCCGAUCAUUGCAGUAUUUACACUUUAAUCCAAAUCGAAUUGAAGCUGCGCCCAAAUCUCCGUAGUAUUUCAGCACCGAUUUGGUGAUGGAUGAAUAAAGAGCGCUGUCGGAAAACGAAAUGCUGCCGGCAAUUGCUGUUUGUGGUUCCACUUUGACCACCACGUAUCUAGGAAUGGAAUAUCAAAUUAUGAGGAAAAAAACGUUUAAAAACGUUCAAUUAAACUGAAAAUAAAAUGUUUUGAACAAAAAAAUUCGAUUCAAUACCUGUAUUUCACUCGAACCAUUGUGUUUAUUGUUUGAACUUCAUUCGAUCAGCACGCACGUUGUUCGUUUGUUUUGGAUACGAUUCAACUGUCAGUAUGACAUUUCACAUCGCUAUUGUGAAUGAACCAUACAAAUCGUGUGGGGAAUAUGGUGAAUAGAGAGUCCUUGUGAAUGGAUUAUGUUAUUUUUAAAUCAUUUGACUUUUCACUAGAAAUUGUUUAAUUCAAUUCCAUUAUUGUUCCAAUUAAUCGCUUCAAUUAAAGCAGAUAAUGUUAGAUAUGAUACUUCAAAUGGUGAAUGUCACAAGAUUGAGCCAUCUCAUGUAAAUACUUCACAUGGUGUUUGCUGAUAGCAGAAGAUUUUUUAUUGAUGCAAUAAACAUUUGAGGAAUUUCAUCAGAUAUCCGUUACGUCGACUACGUUGAUGAUGAUGAUUACCUAUAAAUAAUGGACAUGAAAAAAAUCGACAAAUGAAGUAUUUCGAAGCGUAUUUAUUUUUGAUUUUAUAUUUAUUAUGAAUUUUCAUUAGAAUGAGACUCUUUUGUCGAUUUUAAAAUGAUUAAGCAACAAACAUUGCAUAUCGAUUUCGUAUUGUUGAUGUGACGGAGAUGAUUCCAUCUCCGUGUUCAUUAUUACGAGAUUUUUUGUCGGAUAUUUUCGUCCGUACCGUUUAGAUCAUUACCGUUUUGUGUUCACAUACAUACUUAUUGCAUCUUUCCACGUCUUAGGAGAAAUUGUAGACGAUUUCAAGUUUUUUGGAUCGUCAAUAGAGGCUAGAGGAUUUGCAAGAUAAAUUCAAGUUUGCAUUCGGUGAAAAUCGGCUUAUUGAAAGUCCAUUCGAAGAUCCUUUAAUUUUCGAUGGCAUCAAACUAUUGUAAUGUCUUUACAACCGUCUGGAUUGUCCCAAUUACUUUUUCGUGUUUACCUGAUUUAAUGAUUUUUUUCUACCUUCAUGUCGAGUCAUUAUCAAACAGGAGCAGACUUUAGAUCGUGUGCCCGGAGAAUGAAAUCAGUUACAUUUUGGUGCUCAACAGAAAAACAGCAUCAAACGGAGAACUUUAUUCAAAACCAUUAAAAACGUAAAAAAUACGAGAAAAAAAAAUCGAAAGUAUCGAAAUCCGCUUAUGAAAAAAUGAUACUAACAGAUUUGAAUAUCGAUUGCCUGGAAGGAAUCCUGGAGCAUUUGGAAUUGGUUGAUCUUGUCAAUGUAGCUGAUUCGAAUGAACGACUACGUCAUGCUUCGAAAUUUGUUUUUGUUCGAGUGGCCAUCGAUUUAUGUGCAAUAAACAUGAUUGUUCGAGAGGGUGCAUAAUAAGACACCGAUUGACUGCACCCUAAUAGUGCCAAUAGACGUUUCGGACUUCCCAGACAGAACUCAAAAAUAUAACAAAUAACAAAAUAAACAUAUAUCCACUUACUAUUUGGUUGAUAUACAAAAUAAUUUCAUUAUUUUUACUCUGAUUGUACUAAUUUUGUCUUGUUUCAUCACUGUUGGCGUACUGAAAACGAUAAAAUUAACUAAAAUUAUUAUUUAAAAUUCAUGAAAGUUCAAUGAAGUUCGAAAUCAGGACUGUGAAAACAUGUAGAAUAUCGAGUCAAACGAAUGUCAGAGAAGAGAGAAAAUAAAAUUAAUAAAUUGAAAUGAAAA